GGCUCUAUAAAUUGUUGAUGUUUCAGUCUGUGAGAAUUUUUUCUCGUUUUGUUCGAAGUACAUUCUUCUUAGCUUCAUUAUUCACCUUUAGUUUCGUAUAUUUUAUUAUAAAAAGUGGUUUUUUGGUCUGGUUGGUUCGAAAUUAUAUUUCUUCAGCCGUAAGUUUAACAUUAAUUACUUUCCGGAAAAGUUCACCUGAUUUGGACAGCCAGAUGUUGGAUAAGUUGAUAGCUCAUCGACAUAUUCAAUGGCUCGCCGACAAAUCUCAACUGCAAGAUUAUAACAUGACAUCAGGAACAAAUAUACCAGUAUUUUGCCGCAAUACCCGACAGGGAAGAACGAUCGUAACCGACGACCAAGGUUAUACAUGCGAGAGAGCUCAUCUUAUGGCCAAUGGCUGUUGUGAAGUAUCUGUUAAUACUUCAAGAUUUAGUUGCAGUGGAUGUGAAACGACCCCUGGUUGUUGCGCUCUUUAUGAGGACUGUGUCGCGUGCUGCAUGAAACCGGAACAAAAAAAUGUUCUUUUGGAAAUGAUAAGAAACACUUCUGGGCAUCGUUUACGACAGAUUCUGGCGGCUACUGAUCAAUUUGAACUAUGCCUUCUGAAAUGCCGUACCUCUUCAAAUAGUGUUCACCUCGAGAAUAAAUAUAAAAGUGAAAAGUUAAAGUACUGUUACAAACAGGAGCCUCUACGACCUUACAGAUAUUUCUCAAGAAACUACGAACUGGGUACGAAAUUACGGGGCCCGAGUGAAGCGAAAAUUCUCUUAACUUAACC